AUGAUACCCAAUAUCAUAUGGUGGAAAGAUGAAACUUUGUUAUACGAUUCAAACAACUUACCAAUUUCGAUUCAAUCAAAAUAUAAAAUAUUAAAAGAUGGUUUGUCGAUAGAAACUGUUAAACCAGAAGAUUCAGGAGAUUAUAGUUGUGAAAUUGUCAGACCACAACCAUGGUCACCACUUAAACUUACUCAAAACGUACAAAUUUUAUAUCCGCCAAAAAUACAAAUAAACCCCCCGAAUGGUUAUAUUGAAGUUGUUUUAGGUGAAAAAGUAUUAAUUGGAUGUACGGCAACUGGUAUGCCCCCCCCCAUAAUAACCUGGCGAGCUAAGGAUUUAUUAAUGGAUUCCGUAAAAGUAGAAAAUAUGGAAAAAUUAGAAUUUACAGCAUCCGAUCGUUUCCUUUCUGGUAUUUAUCAAUGCGAAGCAAAUAAUGGUAUCGGUUCACCCAUUCAUAAAAACAUAAUAUUGAAAAUAUUACAUAAACCGGAAGUUGAAACGGAAAAAACGUGGAUUAAUACGGCACCUGGUAUAAAAACAAUAUUAACGUGUCGCGUUGAAGCGGAACCCGAUUCGCAAAUAGAAUGGUUUUUCAAUGGCGAAACCUUAAAAGGUUCCUCCCCCCAAAUCAUACGUAAAACAAACGGAAAAGAAUAUUAUCUUAUAUUUAAUCCUUUUACACAUUCCGAUUUUGGUAAUUAUACUUGCCGAGCGAGUAAUAAAUUGGGAACGGAUGAACGUCUUAUUGUUUUAUCAGGUAUUGCAAGUCCGGCCGUCGUUAGAGAAACGCAAAAAAAACCACCCGAUAGUUUUACGUUGAUUUGGGAAGCGGAAAGUUUUUCGCCGAUUUUCGAAUAUAAAAUACUUUUUCGUAAAGAAAAUAAUUUACCUUGGAUAAGUUUUAUCAUACCCGCGGAUAGUCUUUCCUCCGUUCCGCUUCAUACGAAGUCGUAUACACUAAACGGCCUUGACAGAUUAUCACUUUAUGAAGUCAAAAUAUUUUCUAGAAUCGUUUCGGUUGGAGUUUUCCUUCGGAGGUCAUUAAAUUCGGUUUUACAAAUUUUCAUCUUUCGGAAGGGGAAGAUAACAAUAUAA